CCGGCCGGGGGGAUUGAGAGAGGUGUACACCGAAACUGCUUCUAUGGCUACAGCUAAGUAUCCCAAUACCCCCGAGUUGGAUCUCCAGUGUGCCCUAUGUCUACACAGCUACAGCGACCCGCGUAUCCUCCCCUGUUUCCACACCUUCUGCUCGAAAUGCCUGGAGAUGAACUGCGUCCAUGCGGGGGAGGACAAGAAGACCUCCUCCAUCCACUGCCCCAAGUGUUUCGAUCAGAGCCAGCUUCCCUCGGCCGGCGUAGAUGGACUCCCGCGGAACAUGUACGUUCAGAACCUUCAAACUAUACAGUCUACCUCUCGUUCCCCUCCGCCCAAGUGCGAUCUGUGUACGGACGACGUCCCGGCGCUCAGCUACUGCGAGGCCUGCUGCUGCUUCAUGUGUAACUUCUGCGGGCAGGCCCACAGGGGCCAGAGGAGGACCCUUGAUCAUAACCUCAUCCCAGCGGAAUCCGCGAAUCUCGCUCCUCUCCCUUUGACUCAACCACUACCCAUCAUCGCAUCCACCGCUGCACCGCACUCGCCCAAGUUCUGCACGGUUCACAGCGAUAAGGAACUGACACUGUUUUGUGAGACGUGUGAAAUGCCAGUGUGCGGAGAUUGCAAGAGUAACGAACACAGCGACCAUGCGUUCCUUCCACUGGAAGACGCCAGCCUUCAGUACACCGAGAUCCUACAGGGCUUAGUUAACAAGACAAAACCCCUCGUUACCGAACUAAACGAGUCCAUGAAAAACAUAGAGUUCCUACUCAGCAACGUUCAAGAGAGAGCAGAGGUAGUUGCAGACGAGAUAUGUGAUUCAAUAGACACACAAAUGAGGGCCCUGCACGAACACAAGCGGUUCCUUCUCAGUCGGUUGCACGCCAUCAAAACAAAGAAAGAGAACACACUCGAGCAUCAGUUGGAAGAGGUUAAGAAGAUAGUGGAUGAGGUUACGGUCGGGUCCAGCGAGGCCAAUAAGGCUCUUAGGCAUGGCCAGGCACCGGGGAUGUUUACCGCACAUGCACCUCUGGUGUCGCGACUAGAGCAACUAGUCAACUCGAGGCACAGCUAUGCACCACUCGAAGACGAUUAUAUAAAGUUUGUCCCCAACCAGCCUGCGGGGCAGAUCAGGGGCUAUAGUAUGUCGGGGGUUCUCUACGAUAGAGGCCCAUCGCCCUCGCACUGUGUUAUGAGCGGUGAGGGUAUGUUUGUUGCAAAGCAGAGGAAGUCGGCUUCGUUUGUGCUCACUGUUUUGGACCGUUUCGACGAGCAACGGGCUGUGGGAGGAGACAGAGUGGAAGCAAAUGUUCAGAGCAGUGACGGUUCGCUUGUAAAGACGUCGGUGGUUGACAGAGGAGACGGGGACUAUGUCAUCUCCUACACACCCGAGAGUGUAGGGGAGCACCGCGUUUCAGUUUUAGUUGAAAACAAACAUGUUAGAGGAAGUCCGUUUGCCGUCAAUGUUCAGCCGAAGGGGAAGAAACACAGGGGCGUCUUCCACUGCUGCACAUUCUGCUCCUCUGAGGGAAAGAAGCACGUCAGGUGUGGCUGUGGAGGUACGAUGCCCGGAGGGUACAGUGGGUGUGGUCACGGUCACCCAGGCCACCCCGGCUCCUACCACUGGUCUUGCUGUGGAGCCACCUCAGAGAAAUCUGACUGUCUACUGUAGAGACCUGAGAGUGUGGUGUGUGUCCUGUUUUAACCAUCAUUUGUGGUGCAGACUGCGCACGCGCACACGCUAGUUACACACGCCCCCGAAUGUGUGGUUGCAGUUACACAGCAGUGUAGCGAGCAUAACGGAGUCCUGCGAGGCCGGCCGAGGAUGCCCCAGGAAGAAGAAGUCGAUAACCGCGGAGAAAACGGGCCGAUCCAGCCGACGGACGGCGACCGGGACCGACUUUUCGCUCAGUUCAGCGAAGCGACGGACUUGGACCAGAUCGUAUCCUUGUUCCGUGAGCUAUGUCAGGAGACCCAAGUGGACCCGGACGGCUACGAGAGCGUCUACCCGUCGUUGAAAGCCGGUCUGACGGCGUGGAAACCUUUGUCCAUUUGGGAGCUUCUCGAUGCGCGAGCAGAGCUCGGAGUGUACGAGACGCAGAAUGCUUGUCGCGGUCGACGAGUGCUGGUGGUGGGAGCCGGCCCCGUGGGACUGCGGAUGGCGAUCGAGGUGGCGCUGCUCGGAGCCCGCGUGGACUUGGUGGAGAAGCGCAGUGGCUUCUCGCGAAACAACUCCCUCCACCUCUGGCCGUUUCUCAUCACCGACCUCCGUAACCUGGGAGCAAAGAAAUUCUACGGACGGUUUGCUACCGGCUCUCUGGAUCACAUUUGCAUCCGGAUUCUGCAGAGCAUUUUGGUGAAAGUGUGUCUGAUUCUGGGCGUCCGAGUCCACGUCGGCGUGACCUUUAGCAGUCUGGUAGAGCCAACAGCCAGCACCGGGUGGAGAGUGUCCACCCAGCCUCCCUCGUGCCCGGUCAACACACUCGAGUUUGACGCCGUUUUGGCUGCCGACGGGAAGAAAAACAGUCUCCCUGGCUUCAAGCUGAAAGAGUUCAGAGCCAAAUUGGCGCUUGCAAUCACCGCCAACUUUGUGAAUGGAAAUACCCAGCACGAGAACUCGGUCCCGGAGAUCAGUGGGGUGUCGUAUGUGUAUAGGAUGGACUUCUUCAACUCCCUGUCUGAAAAGUACGGCAUCGAGCUGGAGAACAUAGUUUACUACAAAAGCGAGACACACUACUUUGUUAUGACGGCCAAGAAACCGAGUUUGCUUAAGAAGGGUGUUUUGAAAAAGGACUAUAAUGACCCAAAGCAGCUCCUCUCGCCUUCAAAUAUUGACACAACAGCAUUGAAGAAAUACACAGUCGAGGCAGCCGAUUUCUCCACCGAAGGAGCUCUUCCACUAACAUUCUUGAAAAACGACAGAGGAGAGGAUGACGUGGCACUGUUUGACUUCACUUCGUUGUUUGCCUCGGAGAACGCCGCGAGAAUUGUGGAGAGAAAGGGCCGGAGGAUACUGCUCUGUGUGGCCGGAGACUCACUCAAUGAACCGUUCUGGCCAACUGGUUCCGGUUGUGGGCGAGGGUUUCUGGGAGCGUUUGAUGCAGCGUGGAUGCUCAAGAGGUACUGCGGAGGCAUCUCGCCUCUGGAGCUGGUCGAGGAGAGAGAGGCCCUGUUCUACCUCUUGCCUCAAACGACGCCAGAGAGACUGGGCAAGAACCUGACUGGUUACACCAUUGACCCCAAGACACGCUACCCCAACCUCAGUGAGCUGGUUCCCCCUGGAGACGUGUCCCAUCUCUAUGACACUGACAACCCCUCUGCCAAACCACCUCCACAAGUACAUAAACCAGCCAGGCAACUUGCCCCUGUCCCAGCAAAAGAGGCAACUCCUCCUCCUUCACUUGUAAAGGCGGCCACUGUGUCGGAGGGACUUGGUCCGUUUUGCGGCAAGCGAUCGCGAUCCUCCGAAGACCUCAUUGCCAUCUCUGAGAUGACUCUGGCAAAAAACACCGCCUCUUCAUCUACGAAAUCUGAAAAAGAACACGCAUCGCAGGUAGCUUCACCUGCUGAGAAGAACGCUGCAUCAACGCAGGAGAAAAUCAAAAUGUUCAAAGCAAGAGAGGCAUCUCAGUGCAGCCAGAAGCCUCCUCUAAAAACUGAGAAGCAGAAGAAGACUCCACCAAUGGAAGAAACUCCCGUGUCAUCAAAGCAGUCCUCAGCAAAAGAGACUGCAACAAACACCCCCGAGUCCCCUAAAAGUAAACAGAAGGGAUUUAGGCGCCUCUUGCGUUCGAAAAGCAAAAGCCCCAGCCCAACCCUAAGUAGCGAAGACGAGGCCAAAGAAGAGAGCACAAAGCAGGUGAAAGCGAAGAGAGUCGCAGGGAGCCCGAAAAAGCAAGAGGAUGCACAUCCCAGACCCUCUGGACACCCUCUCGGUGUGGCCAAACAGGCCAAAACAGGUCACCCCGAGUCGCCUUCAACAGAAGCCAAACAGAAGACCAAGAACGAGGCGAAGAGGGCCGAGGAGGAGAACCAACCGGAGACCGCAGCAGCUAGUGUAGCCGAUAUUGUCAAACGUCUUGACCCACACCGGCCAACCACAAAACAACCAUCAGAAGAAAAAAAGAAAAAGGAAAAGGGAAAGAAAGAAAGAAAGCCCAAGGAGAAAGAAAAGAAGAAGAGUAAUGAAGAGAGCAAGGAGAAGAAAGACGACGGGAAAAGUGGGGGUCGCUUAUCAUUUUUCAAAUCCAAGAAGAGUUACGAUGUCAGCAAGGCAACCUCCCAGCCAUCCAAGAAAUCUUCGGCGUCACCUGAACUAAAGAAGAAGAAGAAGCUGAACAGUGAAAAACAGGCAGUACAACAGGUCGCAGUACACUCACUACAUCUGCAGCAGAGAAUAGAGAGACUCAAAGAGUUGGGUGUGGGGAGAGCAGAAACCGACGGGCCGGGACUAGUUCUGUCACUGGAGGAGCUGAGAGACCUAGAACUCAGCCACGGUUUGAUACCAGUGGAGCGGGGCGACGGAGAGGGAGGAGAAGAGGCCAGGGGAGGGAGAAGUAAGAGCCCUGCAGGUCAGAGCGAGGACGGGCUGGAAUCGGAAGAAUCGAACCGUAGUCGGAGCUCCACUCCUGUGUGCAGCAGUGCGGGAGAGGAGAAGAGACCUCGGUCGAGGGCAAGCAACGCCAGCACUGGGGCUGCCACGUAUGGUACCAGUAGCAGGGGUGUAUCGCCAAUCCAGGGAGACUGGAGGGUGGGGGCCACGAGUGGUGAAGAAGAUGGUUCAGAAAAAGAUCCGGCCGGUGAAGAGAUGGUGGUGGAAGAGGGCGAGUUUACGAUGGAGCGCACACCUUCAGUCGUGGAGACAAUCCGCCAGUUAGAACCACUCUCCGCUGCAUAUUCAUACGAUCAGAUGGUGACCAGGAGGAAGGCCGAGGAAAGAAAAUCAAAGGAAUUUGAGUUGGCCGAGCUACACAGACAAUCCACAGCAGAGCGUUCCAAUCCACUUUGGCUGGCGCGAAUCAUUCAGGGCAUGGGAAGGUGCCUGGAGAGACUUCGCAAAGAUCAGAAGAGCGUUCUAGCAACCAAAACCACCCUACAGAUCAUCAACACCAUACUCAGCAAUGUUCAGCUCCAUCGGAGUGACGAUACGUAUCGCAGGGUACGUGUGUCCAGCCAACGGUUCAACCAGAAAGUGUGGCAGUUCAGCGAGGCUGCCCAGUUCCUAGCUCGUGCAGGAUGGGUUGAGAUUGGCGACUACAUUGUUCUACCAAUGGGUCAGACUGUUGAUAACGCCAAGCGUGUACUAGACAAACACCUCAAUAUUGUGAACCAGAUGCUGUGGUCUCAGCAGCUAGAGCUGCCCGACUCACCGGGUGUGCUCAGAAAGAUGCAGGAGAGAGGAACAGGGGCGGGACGCAGACGCAGAACCAUUACUGCUGCCAUGAUCGCACGAAGACAGUCCUACGCCUCCAGGAUUGUGGCAGAGAGUCUGAUAGAAGUGGAGGAGGAACAAGAGGCCAUUGAGGCUGAGCUGGUUCGAAUGAACAUCAGUACCCAGUGCAAGGAGAAGGAGUCCAGCCCCGACCCUUUUGACACAUGUGAAGUGAGCGAGGAGAGAGUGGAGGAAGUCCGCACCAUGAGAGCGGCCUCUGCUGCCAGAAACAAGUGGUUGGAGAGACAGAGGAGAGAGUCCAUGGAGCAGAGGAGGGACAGAGAGUACAAGUUGAUUCUUGAGUCAGAGCUCUAUGAUCUGCCGCAGUCUGCUGGCCUCCAAGUUCAAGCGGAGGUUUGUGCAUUGGCUAUUAUAGCAAACAGAGGUGCUUAUGUAGUCUUCUGGUUUUCGUGAAGACUUUCACGGGGAGGAACCUACUGGGCUUUCUGUAAAACACGGAAUUUUAUAACACACCAUUUCCUAACACAGACUCUGUAGACUCACUUCUCAUCCUAGCUAACAAUCUAUAUCAUUACCCUCUCAUCAUGUUAUAAGCACCUACAUGGCAUCUCUCUCUUACUGUCUCUGAAUCCAGUCCACCUCUUCGUUGACUUCUCCAUCGCCCUCCCAUUCCCUCUCUGUCACACCUGACCCAAGGUCCACCUCCCCUUCAUCUACCUCUGCCCAGGACACACUAUGUGCGAGUCCAGAAAUGGGGAAGGAGGAGGAGGAGGAGGAGGAGGAGGAGGAAUCUGGAGCAAAUGUAGUGGAAGAGGGCAACUCUACCUCUGCCAGUGCUAAUGCCACUGCAGAUGCUCAGUACUCAACCCCAGACUCACUCAGACAGGACAUGAUGGCAUACGAAAAGAUCACCCUCGAGGCUGCUGCCCAAGUUCGGCAGAAAUGGACAGAAUCGUAGAAGUCGCUGUUCACUUUGAAUUGUGUGGUCCUCUUGACGUUUACGAAAAAUGGCGCAUGCGCGUAAAUGAUUACCCGCUCGCGCGCCC